UUGUCUGCUAUAAGGGGAUUUAUUUAAUUUCAUGUCAUUACUAUAUUCCUCUUUCUAUAUACUUAUAUUUAAUUAUAAAGUAUCCUAAUUAAUAAUGUUUUAACAAUUAGCAACUAAAAAAAAAUUAUUAUUACGCCUGACUUCAGAUUUGACAAAAAAAAUUAUGACAUCUGGAGACGUCAAUUUGAUGUCAUGAGGAAACGAAGACGCUGGAGAAAAAUCCAGUAUCUCCUGGCCCUUUACACAGUUGCGCUGACAUUUGGGAAUUUAAAAUGUACUGAAGGAGCCGGAGCGCAGCAGGACGGAACAAUAAAUCGUGCCAGGGAAAAAAAUAAUAAUAAUAGCAAUGAACAUUAUCCAAUCCAUGGGAAUGAAAAAAUUCGGCGACUCCGUAAUGUUGCUGAUGAUAAUUUGGGAGGAAUUGAGAAGAGAGAUCCAUCAGAGAGGACAAGCGAAAUGGUGAAUAAAGCUGUUCAAGAAGCUAAAGCUGCAUCUGAAGCCCAAGGUUUUGCUGCUCAACAGGCUGCUCAUCAGGUAAAAACUCAACUGGCGGAUAAAGCGAUACGUGCGUCAAAAGCUGCUGAAGCGGCACUUUCUGGUAAAAUAGCUCUGCUGGAACAACUGGCAGAAGAAACCAAAGAAGCGCAAAUAGUAUUCCAAGAUGGGAGUUUGGAACUUGAGCAAGUAAGAACAAGUACGAAUGCAGCUAUGCGAGUGGCACGUGAUUCGAGACAGCAGCUACAAAUGUUGACGAAAGCCAUUAAAAUGGUUAAGACAAGUCUAAGGAAUGCGGACAUAUCAGUGCAGGGAGCCAAGCGAUCGCUGGCAAGCAAAGAAAACCUACUGGAGGCUGCGAAAAAACGGGUUGAAGAUUUAGUUGAUCGUCUCCACAUCGCGCAAGAGGAUCUUGCGAAAAUACGUGAUGUCGCUAUGAAAGCACAAGAAUUCGCUCGGGCUGCCAGAGCUAAAGUUAAUAGUGCGAACCGUUGACUUGACGUUGACAUGAUAAUUAAUUUGAUAAAUUUUUAUUGUAUUAAAUAAACUCAUUUAGAUUUAUUAUUAGACAUGAGUAUGAUCAUUUGUGAAGCUAGUAGGCUAUGAAGAAACAAAUGAUACUCGAUAACAAACGUCAUUAAAUGUUUGAUAAAAAAAAAAUUAUAAACUUGUCUUCAUUGAGCAUUCUUUUGAAAUAUGAGAAUGCUAUGUGUAUUAUUUAUUGUCUUUUUUAUUAAUAAUACGAUAAAAGUUGUUGCUGAUAGUGCACGAGAAUCACGAGAGUCAGGUGAGGUGAGGUAAAUUUUAUUGAGCAUUAAAUAAGAUACGUAUCAA